AUGUCAGCGUCAAAAGCUCUCACAUCGUGGGAGGCGGAAGAAUGGUCCCGGACACGCAGCGGCUCUAAAGUCAAUCCGACGUUUGAGCCUGACUGCCUUCCUCAAAGCCUAUCCCCGGUCAAAGAUGAGAAGAAAGGCUCAGACAAGGGCAUAUUCCUUGUCAACUUGAAUGAGAUGAACCAAGAAGUUGAAGAAUAUGAGCCAUACGACAACCGAGUUGUUGAUCAUCCCACCACGAACAUAGAAACCUUAUUGCACUUGCUCAAAGGCAGUUUGGGUACUGGUAUUUUAGCGAUGCCUCACGCGUUUUCCAAUGCCGGAUACGUCGUGGGCUCAAUCGGUACCAUUGUAAUUGGUGUUCUAUGUUCAUACUGCAUACACGUCCUCUUGGACUCCUGUUAUGUGAUGUGCAAGCGGCGGAAAGUGCCUUCGAUGACGUACACUGCUGUAGCUGAAGCCGCACUUUCUGAGGGACCAGACUGGUGCAAAGCUUGCGCGCCGUAUGCUGCUCACGUGGUGAACGUGUUCCUGCUCAUCUAUCAGAUUGGAACCUGUUGUGUCUACGUGGUAUUCGUCUCGGAGAACAUUCAGUAUGUGUUGACACAGUACUUUGAAUUAAACGUUACUGUCGUAGAGGUGAUGCUGUGGAUCCUCCUUCCUUUGGUUCUCAUCAACUGGGUUCGGGAUCUUAAGUACUUGGCACCAUUCUCUGGGUUCGCGAACGUGGUCACCAUCGUCGGCUUCGCAAUUAUCCUCUACUACCUAUUCAGGGAAGCUCCAACAUUGGAAGGGAAGGCUCCUGCGGGAAAACUCGCAAAUUUCCCGCUUUUCUUUGGAACUGUUCUCUUCGCUUUAGAGGCUAUUGGUGUGAUUCUUCCACUGGAAAAUGAAAUGAAGACUCCGAAAGACUUCGUGGGUUCCUUCGGAGUGUUGAACCGGGCGAUGAUAACCAUUAUCGUCUUGUACGUGGGGAUGGGACUUUUCGGUUACCUAAAGUAUGGAGAUGCCGCAGCUGGCAGUAUCACACUUAACUUACCCUCCGAUACUGAAUUACUCGCGAGUGUAGUUCAAGGACUUCUGGCUUUCGCAAUCUUCAUUACCCACGGUCUUGCCUGUUACGUGGCUAUUGAUAUCGUGUGGAACGAGUACAUUGGUACCAGGCUACACAACAGCUCCCAUCGUAUUAUCUGGGAGUACGUCGUCCGGACCUCCAUUGUUCUUAUUACAUUUGGUAUAGCGGCAGCUGUCCCAGAAUUGGAUCUGUUCAUAUCCCUCUUCGGAGCGCUAUGCCUGUCUGCUCUGGGCCUUGCCUUCCCCGCCAUCAUUCAAAGCUGCACUUAUUGGUACUACGUUUCGGACUCGGAAAGAAUUCGCAUGAUGGUCAAGAACGUCAUCGUUGUACUGUUUGGCGCCUUGGGACUUGUAGUAGGCACUUGGACUUCCUUGGAUGGUAUAAUUAGAAAGUUCUCCGCCCACCACGUGUUAAAUGCCACCGCAGCAAUAACUGAAGCUACUAUACUCAAUGACACGUUAGGUGUUAUGCCAUAG